AAAAACUUUUGUCAAAAAUCUGGUUCGAGAAGUCUACGGACAUAAAUGAUAAUAUAGCGGUAAAAUGCACCGUUCUAAUAACAUAAUUCGUCCCCUAAUUAAUUCAACAAGGAAGUCACGAUAUUUAAUAAGGGGUAGAAGUCAUUUUGCCCGAUCAUCAAUUGUAGUUGCAGCAGUAGAUUCUAAAAUAAUCAAUCUUGCUCCGAAGAAAACAUACGAGCAAACAUGCUUUGAAAGAAUUCAAAAACGUCUCUAUUCAAAUGAUACCUUGCCACCCCAUUUUAAGGUUAAUCUUCCAGCCUUAUCUCCAACUAUGGAGAUGGGAUCCAUUGUUUCUUGGUCCAAGAAGGAAGGAGAUUCAAUAUCAGAAGGGGAUUUGCUUACUGAAAUCGAAACAGACAAGGCUACAAUGGGAUUAGAAACACCAGAGGAAGGCUAUCUUGCUAAGAUUUUUAUACCUAGCGGAGUCAGAGAUGUUCCAGUUGGAAAACUAUUAUGUAUUAUCGUUCCCGACGAGAGUAGCUUGGAAGCUUUUAAAAAUUAUACUGCAGAGGAUCUUGAAGGUGACUCUCAGGCCCCUGAUGCUACCACUGCUGAUACUUCAGCUGAAAAUUCAGAAACUUCUGCAACGUCGGCUAACUACCCCAACCAUAUGAAAGUUGAAUUACCGGCUCUGUCUCCCACAAUGGAAACUGGAACAUUGACCAGUUGGUCAAAAGAGGUUGGAGAUGAAUUGUCAGAGGGAGAUGUUCUAGCUCAAAUAGAAACAGAUAAAGCAACAAUGGAAUUUGAAACUCCACAUGAAGGCUAUCUAGCUAAAAUCCUAAUUGAAUCUGGUACAAAAGAUGUAAAAUUAGGAGAAAUACUUUGUAUCAUUGUUGAAAAUAAGGAUGACAUCGAUGCCUUCAAGGACUAUACAACGCCAAGCAAAUCAAAGAAACAACCGCAAUCAUCUAAACCUUUCACUGUAUCCCAAACUUCUUCUCCACCCGUAUCAUCAUUUCAAGAGCAGGCCCAAAAAUAUGCUCCCCCAAAAACACAAGCUAGUAUUUCCCCAACACCCAGAACAGGAGAACGGAUUUUCGUCUCGCCAUAUGCCAAGAAACUGGCAGCUGAAAAGUCAAUUGAUUUAAGGACUGUACAAGGAACUGGUCCAGCAGGUAGAAUUAUUGCACAAGAUAUUAUUAAUUAUCAACCAUCCAGCCCUUCUGCUUAUCCUCACACAAUUUCGGCUGCACCUGGCGUUGAUUCGAUUGAUAUUCCUCUGUCGAAUAUGAGAAAAACCAUCGCGAAACGACUUAUCCAGAGCAAAACUACCAUACCCCAUUAUUAUUUAUCAAGAACAAUAACCUUGGAUGCCAUAAUGCAAGCUCGAAAGGAUAUUAAUUCUCAUUUAGAAUCGAGUGGAAAUAAAGUCUCGCUCAAUGAUAUGAUUAUUAAGGCUGUAGCUUUUGCUUGUAAACAAGUUCCCGAAGCUAAUUCUGCUUGGCAUGAUACCUUUAUAAGGCGUCAUAAUCGAGUUGACGUAAGCGUUGCAGUCGCAACGCCAGAAGGACUGAUAACCCCUAUAGUAUUUGCUGCUUGUACAAAAUCAGUGGCUGAUAUUGCAAAUAACGUUCGAGAAUUAGCAAAUAAGGCGAAAGAAAACAAGCUGGUACCGGAAGAAUAUCAAGGUGGAACUAUAACAGUCUCAAAUUUGGGUAUGUUUGGAAUUACCAACUUCUCCGCUAUUAUAAACCCCCCUCAAAGUUGUAUAUUAGCUGUUGGGUCGGGAGUGAAAGCAGUUGUACCCGCAGAUAAUGACAAAGGAUACAAAACCGUUCAACAGAUGCAAGUCACGUUAAGCUGUGACCAUAGAGUUGUCGAUGGAGCUAUUGGAGCCCAAUGGUUAGAUGCCUUUUCGAAAGCAAUCGAAAAACCGUCUCUUCUCUUGAUUUAA